AUGACGUCAUCACCAGCAGAGUCCGAGGUCUUCAUCUCCUCCGGCGACGGCGACAGCAGCAGGUCACCGGAAUGUUCAUCUUCUCCGGCGACGACAACAACAGCAGCAACAGAUGUCGGCGGCCAGUCUAGGCAUGUACACUUGGGCCAGUCAAUGUCAGUUACUGCAGGAAGCAUGCAAGGGCCAGUUACUACAGGAGGCAUGCAAGGACCAGUUACUGCAGGAGGCAUGCAGGGCUACGGAUCGAUUUCCGACGAUCAAAUCGUCAUCGCAGCUUACAAGCAGGCGUACCAGUACGAUCAAAGAGGUGUGUACGGUUCCUUGGUCAAGAGACCACCAAAGACUCUGGAAGGACUGUAUGAUCGAGUUGAAAAAUAUGCUCGAGUGGAGGAUGAUUCCAAAGCUCGAGAUACGAGAUAUAUUAACAGAUCAUCCAAUCAUCCAAAUGAUGGGAGAAAAGACAAGUCGAAGAACCAUUCGAGCAGACAGCACAAUGAUCGAGGUGAAGUCCGAGAGAAUAACCAAGGCGAACGAAUGGAAACUGGAUAUCAAAAAUUUCAUGACAUGAAGCUGACGCCAUUGAACAUACAACUCGCAGAGUUGUAUGAGAAAAUCAGCAAGGAUUUGAUCCCCCGUCGUCCUUUGCCAGCAGAGACACGUGAUAAACGUGAUAGGAGCAAAUACUGCAAGUUCCAUAAAGACCAUGGUCACAAGACCGAGAAUUUCCGCGCUCUACAGAUCGAGGUCCAGCGAAUGAUCGAUGCUGGAAAGCUGCAAGAGUACAUGAAAAAGGAUUUUGGGAAAGGUCCUGGAAAUUUUGGCACAACACACGUGAUUAACGCACAUCUGAUAAAUCUCAGUCACACCAGGAUCUAUUCAAUGACCAGGCGGGAAUUGGAAGAUGAAACCAGGAGGAAACUCAGGCAGUUAAAAGAAUGGUACUUGACAAAUCAUAUCGAUUUUUUCAGUGUAAAUGGAGCAGAAAUUCGGGAGCUUGGGAUUCUACUGGAUACAGGAAUCUCAGUAAGCGUGAUAUUUUCAGGAGAUUAUUCCUUUAUGAAUCUGCCACACGACUUGAUCGAGGAGGACGAAAAUCCAAUUAUUGGUUUCAGCGACGAAGUUACAAAGGCGAUUGGAAAAGUGAAUAUUUAUAUAACAGUGGCUGACAAGUCUGUUCUAGGAAAUUUCCUAAUGCUUUACUGUAGAUCUCCCUACAACGCAAUUGUAGGACGAGACUGGAUGCAUGAGAUCGAUGCAGUCACAUCCUCAUAUCAUCAAUGUUUGAAGUUUCUUGCCCCUGAAGGAGUCGUAAAAGUUAGGAGUGACCAGAUGGCCGCCCACAAGUGUCAUGGGAGUGCAAUAGACGAGUACAAGAAAUCAGAAGUUAGCUGGAACCAAAUCAUGCGAGUCGAGCAGAAAUAG